CUAUUUCCGCUUCCGGUUUCCCGCUUCAGCCUAGUUGCUCGCCUGCCGGUGGCCGCGGGAGCUGAUUAGGCGCGGUCCCUUAGCGGGUCGCUAUGGCUGGAAGCCGGCUGGAAACCAUCGGCACUGUCUUCACCCGGAUUCGGGACCUGAUGCGAGCUGGGGUGGUGAAGGAGAAGCCCCUGUGGUAUGAUGUAUAUGAGGCCUUUCCACCACUGAAGGAGCCUGUAUUCCGGAGGCCCCGCCAACGCUAUGGAAAAGCCAAAGACCUGGUACCCGAGGUCCUCUACCAGGAAGAUCGGAUCAGAGCAAAAUACUAUUCAGUUUAUGGAUCUGGUCCCAAAACUUUUGAUCUUUUCAACCCCAACUUUAAAUCUUCCUGUCAAAGAUUUGUGGAGAAGUAUAUUGAACUACAGAAAAAGGGAGAAACUGAUGAAGAUAAGCUCUUUCUGGAAACAGGAAAGGCUUUAUUGGCAGAAGGUGUUAUUUUACGACGGAAAGGAGAGGGAGCGACUGAUUUAAGCAAGUCAGAAACCUGAAACAAAAACUUCAGAUCAGAACUGUAUUGGAAGAAAACCGGCAUAGCCCCAUAUGACCAGCCUUUGGAAUUUGCUGAAGAGAAACUGUGAAAAAUCUCUUUCUUCACUAUUGAAAUACACUUUUCUGUGUCAUCAAGGCCUGAUCUCUUAACAACCAUACACAAUAGAUUAAUGUUGAAUAUUUUUUCAUGGCUGAACUGGGGUAAUACUUCUGAAUGUUUAUAUUUGAAUUUUGUAGUUCAGUUCUUUUUUGGGGUUUUCAUUAAAACCUAUAAUCCAGCAAAGAA